GGCUCCGAGUCCGGCCCCUUCCUUCCCGCGCUCCCUCGCCCGCCCCACAACCCCCUCAUGAGGGUGUCCGUGCCGGGUCCGGCGGCCAGCCGCGAGCCCUCGACGCCCGGCGGGAGCGGCGGAGGCGGAGGCGCCGUCGCUGCUGCCUCAGGCGCCGCGGUGCCGGGCUCGGUACAGUUGGCGCUGAGCAUCCUGCACGCCCUGCUCUACGCCGCUCUCUUCGCCUUUGCCUACCUGCAGCUGUGGCGGCUGCUCCUGUAUCGCGAGCGGCGCCUGAGUUACCAGAGCCUCUGCCUCUUUCUCUGUCUCCUGUGGGCAGCGCUCAGGACCACCCUUUUCUCCGCCGCCUUCUCGCUCAGCGGCUCCCUGCCCCUGCUCCGGCCGCCCGCUCACCUGCACUUCUUCCCCCACUGGCUGCUCUACUGCUUCCCCUCCUGUCUCCAGUUCUCCACGCUCUGUCUCCUCAACCUCUACCUGGCGGAGGUUAUAUGUAAAGUCAGAUGUGCCACUGAACUUGACAAACACAAAAUUCUAUUGCAUUUGGGCUUUACAUUGGCAAGCCUUCUCUUUUUAGUGGUGAACUUGACUUGUGCAAUGCUAGUCCACGGAGAUGUCCCAGAAAAUCAGUUGAAGUGGACUGUGUUUGUUCGAGCAUUAAUUAAUGAUAGCCUGUUUAUUCUUUGUGCCAUCUCUUUAGUUAGUUACAUAUGCAAAGUAACAAAAAUGUCAUCAGCAAAUGUCUACCUCGAAUCAAAGGGUAUGUCUCUGUGCCAGACUGUUGUUGUGGGUUCUGUAGUCAUUCUUCUCUACUCUUCAAGAGCGUGUUAUAAUUUGGUGGUGAUCACCAUAUCUCAGGAUACAUUAGAAAGUCCAUUUAAUUAUGGCUGGGAUAAUCUUUCAGAUAAGGCUCAUAUAAAAGACGUAAGUGGAGAAGAGUAUAUAGUAUUUGGAAUGGUCCUCUUUCUGUGGGAACAUGUGCCAGCAUGGUCGGUGGUACUCUUUUUCCGAGCACAGAGAUUAAACCAGAAUUUGGCACCUGCUGGCAUGAUAAAUAGUCACAGUUAUAGUUCCAGAGCAUACUUUUUCGACAAUCCAAGACGAUACGAUAGUGAUGAUGACUUGCCAAGACUGGGAAGUUCAAGAGAAGGAAGUUUAUCAAAUUCACAAGGUUUGGGCUGGUAUGGCACCAUGACUGGGUGUGGCAGCAACAGUUACACAGUCUCUCCCCACCUGAAUGGACCAAUGACAGACACUGCUCCUUUACUCUUUACUUGCAGUAAUUUAGAUAUGAACAAUCACCAUAGCUUAUAUGUAACACCACAAAACUGACAGCAUUACCAAGUCGUGAUUCUUCAGUCGUUUUUCAUGAAUGUGUAUAUUCCAUGUGUUUAAAUUCCAUCUACAUAAACAUUCCAUUAUCUGUUGCAACUGAGAACGAAACCUGGACACGUGGCAGUGUCCAGUGGAGGACACAGCUGUUACUUUUGACCUCGUCUUAGUGAAAUGAAGUACAAUGGAAAGUUUGGAGCAGGAGAAAAGAGGGAUUGAAUCUUAAGGCACUUGGUAGCCUCCAAACAUCCUGACUUUGGAACAUAAAAUGCAUAUUUGCAUAUUUGCACUUUUAUCCUUGUUCUGAAAGAGUACACUGCAGUCCCCAAAGUCAUACCCAGUGUUCACAUUGGGAUAUUAUGUUGUACACCAAAUUAGGAGGCAGUUUCCCUACAAAAGUCAAAGCCUGUAUAUUCAGCAGUGUACUCCAUAUGGAAUUCUUACCCAAUAAAGUUUAUAGUGUGAACAGUGCACAGAA